CCACGAUCCCAUGUGCACCCACCCAGAACACCUCCGCUCCAGCUGUGCCGCAUCACCAAAGGGAAGUAGCGUUCAGGAGGUGGGAGUCUGCCCAGCCCUGGCCCAGGGAAGCCCUGCCCCUCCCUCUCCCCCCCCCCCCUCGCAGAAGCCCCGCUCGCAUUCAGGGCCCCAUUGUCACCCAGGGGCCCUUGGGAGCAGAGCAGAGCAGAGAAGGAAGACCACCUGGGCCACCCAGGCCCCUCUGCUGUGCUCUGUUCUGUUCUUUUCUGUGUGGGAUUUGGGGGCCUGGAGGGGAGGGCCCACCACCUGCACCCUGGGCCUUCCUCUUCCACCUGGGCUGGGCCCCGCCUCCUUUGACCUAGGACCUCCCCCUCCCUGACCCCUCCCUCUCGGCCUGGGAUGCCACCACCGCCCCCUCCCUCCCUCCCUCCCUCCCUCCUCCAAGGUGGCAUCCUCCCAAGGGCGCUUCUCCCUCCCUCUUGUCCACCCAGAUAUGCCGCCCCUCCUCCCCUCCCUCCUUCCCCCCCAAACAACCCCAUUGCCCCCUCCUCUGUCCCCACCCCAUCAAAAGGGUCAAGGCGAGGGUCAGGGGGUCUCGGCCCCUCCAUCUGUCCAGGCAGCUCGGGAGAGUCAGCUCCAUUUGGGGAGAGGUGGCCGCCUGCAGGUGGCCAUUCCUCCAUCCAUGGGGCUGUGUGUCCCGAUGGGCUGAGAUCCCCCUUGGGUUCCCCUUGUCCCCCCCCCCCGCCCCUCUGCUCACCUAGAUCCCCCCGGAAGGAGGCCUGGCUGCUGGGAGCCAAUAAGGAGGAGGAGGAGGGGUGGCGGACUCUAUUGACACCACUCUGCGCUUCUUGCAGGGCCACUCCAGAUGGAGGAAGAAAGGGACAGUGACCUUCGAGGGAACACCGAGGGACACAACAUCAAAGGACCCUGGUCAUCGAGGGACAUGCCAUCAAGGGACCCGGGCCCUGACCUUCGAGGGACCUUGACCACCAAGGAACAGUUAACACCAAAGGACCCUGGUCAUCGAGGGACGUAACAACAAGGGUGCCGGGCCCUGACCUUCGAGGGACCGUGACCAUCGAGGGACACAACAUCGAGAGACCCUGUCUGGCGCCUGCAAGAAGACAGAAGACAGGACUUCUUUUUUUGUUUUAUUGUGAAAUUUUAAAAUGUGUAUGUGCUGUUUUUAAAAUAUGUAUGUGCUGUUUUUUAAUAUAUUUAUUCUUGUCUUGUGUGGGAGAGGACUCCCCUGCGAAAGCGCUGCUCUUCCCCUUUGGCUUCUAGGGCUGCCUCCUGUGAAUGCAGGGAUGGCCGUGGAGGGAGGGAGGCCCAGGCCUCUUUUGCAGCGGAGGGUUCCCAAGGCCCUCUUCCCUCCUCUGCAAACCCCAGUGUGAAGAAGUGUAUAAUUAUAUUUUGUUUAUAGAUGAUAUGUGUAUUUGAUUUUGUUUAAACAGCCAGGUUUGGCUAAGUUAAAAUGGUGAGUAUUUAAGUUGACAAUAUGUAUGGGGGAAGGUAGCCAUCUUAGAGUGCUAGAGCAGGUUACCAUAGCAACAGGGGCGGAGCCAACCGCCGCCUGGAAAGGAAAAGGGAAUAUUUUAAAACCCAAGAGCAGUCUGUGAUUUCCUAGUCACAGGGAAGGAUCUGAUUCUUGUGUGGAGAAUCAGGCUGGCUUAAAUAGAGAGAUUUGAGUCAGAUUUAGGUUAGACCAGACUAAGCAAGUUAGGUGAUUUGUCUAGGGUCAGUUGUAGAAUCUGUGGAUUAGGGAACAUUAAUCCCAGGGGAUCCAGGAGGAUCAGGGUUUAGUGUAAUCCAGAGAAAGAAGUAUUUUGAAAGUUUAACCACCUUAUAACCGUUUGUAACCAUUAAGCGAAGUGCCUUUACCAAGUUAUCUGAAACCAUCAAGCUCUGUACCUGCAAUAAACUUGUUUUGAUUUUAUUCAAAUCAAGCCUCUGUCAUACUCUUAUAUUAAGUUAAGUAACAUCAACACCUGAAGUGGAACAAAUAGAGAAAGCUUAUAAGAACCAGUACCAUCUGCCUGACGUCUCCAUUGGUGGCAGCGAAGAAGAUAGUCAACUAAAUAAUCAAUUAACAUCAUCUCUCAUAAAACAUCUGUAUUAAGUGGUGGUAUCUGUGUGUGUGUGUGUGUGUGGGAUCAAAAAAGGGUUCCAUCUCUGACACACAUUCCUGUCAGACACCUCACCUCUACAUAUUGGUGGCAAGGCUGAGGGGAUUCAAAAGGGGAUUCCAUCCUCUGCCACACCUCAGCUCCUUACAUUAAUUGGUGGCAGUGGUGGGAUUCAAAGGGGAUUCUAUCCUCUGCCACAUCAAGUCUCCACAUAAAUUGGCGGCAAGCGGCGGGAUACGUAUAACAUCCCUAAUUUGGUGCCUAAGAUCGCUCAAUAAAAUUUCUGAGGUAAAAGUUAUAAAGAAUGGCCACCAGAAAGCAAAAAAGAGGAGCAGGAGAGGUAGAGGUGUACCAGGAGGGAGAGAGUUCAGAUUCGGAACAACAGACCACCAUGACAGAAGCAAUGAUGAAAUACCAAUUAGAGAUGAGGAAAUUAGAAUUAGAAGCACAAGAGAAACAGAGACAGGCAGAAGCACAGGAGAAAGAGAGAUAGGCACAGAUGCAGAAGGUGAAAUUGGAAAAAGAGAUAGAGGUGAGAAAGUUGGAGAUUGAAUGGGAAAAACAAGCUGACACUGUCUCAGCCUUCUGUGGAGGCACAAUCAGGGACUCCCAUCAUUAACCCUGUUGAUUCAGCCUUAAAGAGGUUUCCUAAAUACAACAAGGAGGAUGAUGUGGAGCAGUUUUUAAUUUCGUUUGAAUGGUGUUGUAAAGAUCUGGAAAUAGCUGAGGAAAAUUGGAUGAUUUACCUCAGGCCACAGAUUUGUGGAAAGCUAUUAGAGAUCUAUAGCGAAAUGGUGGAAGAAGAACGCAGAAAUACACUAUAUUUAAACAGCUGGUACAACAAAGGUUACAGCUAACUCCUGAAUUUUAUAGAACAAAAUUCAGAACGCUGAGGAGAGAGAAAAAUGAAAGUUUCCUACAACUAGCUGCCAAACAGGCACAAUAUUUUGAGAGUUGGUUGAGAAAUUCUGAGGUAAAAGACUUCCAACAGCUGAAAGACUUAAUAAAGUUAGAGCAGCUAUACCAGCAAGUUCCAUCAGAUUAUCGAUGGCUGGUACAAGAUAGAAAGCCUCAGACUGCUAAUCAAGCAGCUGGGAUGGUGGACCAACUAAUUACAUUGAAGGAAGGGUUUAAAAGGGAAGAUGGAGGAUUUAAGGAAAGACAGUUUAAACAGCCAUCUUUUUCCCUCACGCGCGCACAGCAAGGGAGAGGAGCUUCCAUAGAAAACACCACCUGGAGGAUGGCUAGUGUAAUGAACCCUGCCAAAAUGGAGGGCAAUAUUCGAUGCUUUCACUGUGGUAAAGCAGGACAUUAUAAAUCACAAUGUGGUCUUUUGAAGAAAGAAAAACCCUCUUUCUAUGUUAAGAAAGUCCCAACCAAAGAGGCAACUAAAGAACCAGCCAAGGUUCAAAAAGAUUUACCUCAGGAAAUUCAAAAGGAGAGGCAAUGUCUGUUUGUUUUGUUGGAUCAAACAUCAGAUGAGUAUUUGGAAAACAUCAACAUUGAUGGAAACCAAAUACAAGGAUGGAGGGACACAGGUUCAGAAGUCUGUAUCAUCAGACCUGAAUUAGUACCAUCAAAAUGCCAACAUCCUACUUAUCAGGUUAAUUUAAAAGGUUUGGGUCCCGUGAUCCCAAGCGAAGUGGUUUCUUUACCAGUUCAAUAUGGCAAGUGGGAAGGAGUAUGGGACUUUGCUAUUAGUUCUGAUAUUCCAUAUAAAUGCCUAAUUGGAAAUGACCUUGCCAGAGAAGUCAAAAAGAUACCAAGGACUCUUGAUGAGGGUGAAUGAAAAGAGGGGAAAUCUGAUAAAGAAGUUGUCUGUUUGCCUAUACAACAGAACUUAGAGGAAAAUCCUGAGGCAAGUUCUAUAAUAGCUGACUUGGUAAAUAAGACUGAAGGGGAAAGAGAAAUCCUGAGGGAACAAAAGUCUGAUGACACAUUGCAGCUUUUGUUUGAGCAAGCCCAAAACACUGAGGGAGAUUUAACUUUAGAAAAGCCCACCAGGUUCAUUAGCAAAAAUGGAGUUUUGUACAGGGAGGUUUUAAAUCAAAAAGCCCCAGAGAUGUCCGCUUCCUAUACGCAGAUUGUGGUACCUCAGAAGUAUAGAGAACAGUUGAUGGAGGUAGCCCAUGACAGCCAACAAGGGGGACAUUUAGGAAUUAGACGGACCACCCAAAGAAUCACUAAGAAUUUCUUUUGGCCUGGCAAAUCAAAAGGUUUUGUCAAUCCUGUGACACAUGCCAGAGGAUUAGCUCAGGGAGAGAUAAACUUAAGGCUCCAUUAGUCCCAAUGCCACUAAUUGGGGAACCUUUUUCUAGAGUGGGCAUAGAUAUCAUCGGUCCUCUUCCCAAACCCAGCAGGAGAGGAUGCAGAUAUAUUUUGACAAUGAUUGACUACGCAACUCGUUAUCCUGAGGCAGUAGCCCUAACAAACAUCGAGACAACAACAAUAGCCAAUGCACUGCUCUCAAUAUGGGGAAGAACAGGUUACCCUAAAGAACUAGUAUCGGAUUUGGGAACCCAGUUCACUUCUAAGUUAAUGGAAAGAUUGCUGGAACUGUGUGGAAUAAGGCAUUUGACAUCAUCAGCCUAUCAUCCACAAACCAAUGGCCUUGUUGAAAACCUAAAUAAGACCUUGGUUCGCAUGAUUAAGUCCUACAGUCAGCAACACCCACAUGACUAGGACAUCAAGCUCCAGCAAUUAUUGUUUGCCUAUAGGGAAGUUCCCCAGGACAGCACUGGCUAUAGCCCUUUUGAGUUGUUGUACGGGAGGCGAGUGCGAGGACCGCUUGAUUUAAUCCGGGAAUUCUGGGAAGCAAGUCCAAGACCGGAACCUGUUUCAGUAACUAAAUACAUCAAAGAUCUACAGUCAACAAUGGAAAUGGCCAGGAACACCGCCCGAGAACAUCUAGCGACAGCCCAGCAGAGACAGAAAGCUCACUACGAUACAACGGCCAGAUGCAAGAGCUUCGAGAUAGGGGAUGAGGUCCUGUAUCUCACACCUACCAAGACCAACAAGCUCCAAGUAGAUUGGACUGGACCAUGGAAAGUCAUCAAAAGACACAGUGGCGUGAACUAUUCUAUAUAUGAUGAACAGUCUAAUAUGGAAAAGCUGGUGCAUGUAAAUAUGUUGAAGCCAUAUGUAAAUAGAUCUGUAAAUGUAUGUAUGAUAAUUUCGGGGGAGGAAACAGGUACUUUUCCCUUUUGGGAAGGGAAUAGGAAAGCUUAUAGAAGCAGCGAGCAAGUAAAGGUUGACGAGGGAUUGUCCCAGAGUCAACAGAAACAAGUUAAGAAAUUAUUAAAUAAGUAUGACCAUUUAUACCCCUUUGAAAUAAAACAUGUGAAAGGUAAAAACAACAUUGUAGCGGAUUCACUUUCCAGUAUUAGAGGUUGCAACAAUGAAGGUUUGUGUUUAUAUAUGUUGCAUAAUAAUGCGCUGGACCUGUUCCUGGCCAAGGUGAAGGAGGGACCUUGGCUGGCCCAGGAGGGCAAGGAACAGGGCAGCCCUACUUUUGAUGCGGCCACGGCAAGAGCGACGCGGGCCAUCGGCGGGAUCGUCAGACACAUCAGGGACAGCACGUGCCUGGAGGGGUGGUUCCUGGAGCUUCUGCUCGCCUUGGUGACCAACUUCAUCGAGGUCACAAGGCCUGGGUUGGAGGCACCCAGCAGGAACCGGAGCAACAGCUACGUUCCUCCAGAAGAACUGGCGAAGAUCAUCAUCGUGCUAGUGAAGAGGGUGGCACCAAAGUCCUUCAACAGGACCUCUUUACACCCAGGACUCACAGCCCAGCACCGAAGGGGAAGAGCCGCCCUUGAGCAGCUCAGUGAGAGAAGCCCCCCCACUCUCGGUUUACUGUAAUUUAAAAUUAUAUCAUUAUAUUAUUUCAUGUGUAAUUAGAAUAAAUGUAAUGCUUUAAUUUUAAUUUAGCAUUUUCCAUAUUAUUUAAUGUGUAAUUACAAUAAAUGUAACCUUUUCCUUUUAAUUUAGCAUUUUCCAUGAAUUCCUUUGUGGAGGGAGACCCAAACUCAGGCCUCAUCGACACUGACCCUUUCAUGCAGGUUGAACUGCAUAUGAGGCUGGGUGUAUACUGCCCUCUAUCCCAGGACCUGAUCCUAGAUUAUCUGCUUAUGAUAUGAGUCUGGGAAAAGCAGAUAGUCUGGGAUCAGAUCCUUGGGUAUAGGGCAGUGUAGAUCCAACCUGAGUAUGUUUUGUACAUAUAAUACAGUUCAAACUGCAUGAAAUGGCAGUGUAGAUAAGGCUGUCGGCCCCAUCCAAACUGCCACAUAAUCCUGCUUCAGAAUGCAUAUUAACUGUGUUUCAAAAUGGAUUAUAUGGCAGUUUAGACAGGGCCCAAGAGGAAGAAGUUAGAGAAGAUGACAGUACUACAGUGUAGGGGAGAUCUACACUGUCCUAUUUCACAGGAUCUGAUCCCAGAUUAUCUGCUUUAAACUGGAUUAUAUGAGUCUACACUGCCAGAUAAUCUGGAAUCAGAUCCUGGGAUAAGAGGCAGUGUAGAAGGGAAUGUAGUUGGUGCAAAUAUAGUCCUGGGCUUACAGUGGGAGGAGGCCCAGGCUUCUCUGGCAGAGGGUUCCCAAAGCCCUCCUCCCUCCACUGCAAAUCCUAGGACUUUCAGCUCAGCGUUGGAGAAGAACUGCCCUUGAACCGAACAAUGAGAGUAUCCCAUAUGCUCUGUUUUUUGUAGUUAACCUUAUAUGAUUGUAUUGUAUAAUGUUGUAGUAUAUAAUACCUAUUCUGAUUAGAAUAAAUGUACUGCUUUAUUUUUAAUUUGGUGCUUUCUUUGGAUUCCUUUGGGGAGGGGAGACCCAAAAUACCAGGGACUACAAUUCAGGUCCCACCUACUCUGCCAUAUAAUGCAGUUCAAACUGUAUUAUAUGGUGAGUGUUGGCUCAUAUAAUGCAAUCUAACACAGUUAUAUGAAUCCACACUAACCAUAUAAUACAGUUUGAACUGCAUUAAAUUGACAGCAUAGGUGAGGCCUAAGAGGAAAUGAAAAUGCUAGUGUUUGGUUUAUGCAAAUAUUUGUGUCAUUACACUGUAUCAUGUUAAGAUCAUUUUGUGACUGUGAUGGAAUGGUGUGUAAAUAAAAUCGGCAUAUUUUUUG